GGAGUGUGUUUUGAGGGCUGAUGACACACUGUCCUGUGAAGGUAGUGGGCAUGUCGUCGUCUCUAAAGUUGCCCGAGUAAUACAUUUGUUUAUCUUUUGGUUGACGAAGGCUUUAUAAGAAGCUAUCUGCAUUAUUUCUGUCAUUGUUUAUGUUGAGAACACUGUAAUUGAAUAAACAUGAUGAACGGGACUCUAUCAAGAAAACUUCUGGGUUCCAUGUGUGGGAUCUCCAGCCGUCGACUGAGCUUCGCUCAAAGCGCUGUCAACGCUGUGCAGAAGCAGAAAGAGUUGAUCAAGAGUAGGGAACUAGAAAAGGAUGAACUGAGACCGCUGUAUAUGGACUUUCAGGCCACCACACCCAUGGACCCAAGGGUUUUGGAUGCCAUGCUUCCCUAUCAAGUCAAUUACUACGGGAACCCACAUUCCAGGACUCACGCUUAUGGAUGGGAGAGCGAGACCGCAAUGGAAAAAGCGAGAAAACAAGUAGCAGAUCUUAUUGGUGCUGACCCGAGGGAGACUGUGUUCACCAGUGGUGCGACUGAGUCCAACAAUAUGUCAAUCAAAUGUGUGGCUCGGUUUUAUAAGGCUAAGAAAACCCACAUCAUCACCACCCAGACUGAGCACAAGUGUGUGCUGGACUCUUGCCGAAUUCUGGAGGCAGAGGGUUUUGAAGUAACAUAUUUACCUGUGAAAAAUAAUGGACUGAUUGAUUUGAAGCAAUUACAGGAAACGAUCCGUCCAGAUACCAGUUUGGUGUCCAUUAUGACCGUUAACAAUGAGAUUGGUGUCAAACAGCCAAUCAAAGAAAUAGGUCAUCUAUGUAGGUCCAAAAAUGUGUUUUUCCACACUGACGCUGCUCAGGCUGUUGGAAAGAUCCCCAUUAAUGUCAAUGACUGGAAAGUGGAUCUGAUGUCCAUCAGCGGCCAUAAGAUCUCCGGGCCCAAAGGAGUUGGGGCUUUGUACGUGAGGAGAAGACCCAGAGUUCGUAUUGAGCCUUUGCAGAACGGAGGGGGACAGGAAAGGGGUCUACGUUCAGGGACCGUGCCCACACCUCUAGUCGUAGGCCUCGGAGCCGCUUGUGAGAUUGCCCAGCAAGAGUUGGAGUACGAUCACAAGUGUGUGACAGUGCUUGCAAAUCGCCUCGUGCAGAAGAUCGUGUCAGAGAUUCCUGAUGUUGUGAAGAAUGGAGACCCAGAUCAGAGGUACCCGGGUAAGAUUCAUUUAUCAUUUGCCUAUGUUGAGUGGGAGAGUCUGUUGAUGGCGUUAAAAGAUGUUGCGCUUUCAUCUGGAAGCGCCUGCACAUCUGCUUCCUUGGAGCCCUCGUAUGUUCUUAGAGCAAUAGGGGCAGAUGAGGACUUGGCACACUCAUCUAUUCGGUUUGGAAUUGGCAGAUUUACCACAGAGGAGGACGUGGACUAUACAGUGGAGAAAUGCAUUCAGCAGGUCAAACGGCUGAGGGAGAUGAGUCCAUUAUGGGAAAUGGUCCAGGAAGGCAUUGACCUUAAAAGCAUCAAAUGGACCCAACACUGAAUUGUUCUGAACAAAUGGAGUAUGAAGCCCUGCUGUGGUUGUGAAUACUCAUUUUGUAAAGCUUGAUUAGGCUGCCAUACCUCCUUAGACCUUAUUCUCCCAAAAAACACGCACAAUUUUAUUUCUCAAUUUUGGAGAAUUGAACUGGUCUAUGUGAAGACGAUUUUAAAGUGCAUUUUUAUGAAUUGCAGGGGUUACAGAGAUGUGCAUUUGGUCAAUUCUAUCACGUUUUCUCAAACCAACUUUCACCUCAGUUUUUUUAUAUUUUAUAGUAUAUUCACAGUUGCUCUGUUAAAAUCACUGAAAAUAUAAUCACAAAAGAUAUCUUACUAUAAACAUGCACUGAAUGUUGUCCUGUGUCAUUGUUGUGUGUGUUUGAGCACAUUAUACUGCUAAAUGUUUUAGGAGUCUUAUCAUAUUGUCUGUUCUAAUUCUGAAACCAGCUAAAUUAAUUUCAGUGA